AUGUACCAAACUACUCCUUACGGAACAGUUCCACACCAGCCGGCCUCAGUCGCCCGCAGAAACGCCAGGGAACGGAACCGCGUUAAGCAGGUUAACAACGGAUUUGCGACUUUAAGGCAGCACAUUCCUCAAAGUGUUGCGCAAGCUCUGGGAGGCAACACUGCGGGGACCCACGGCGGCUCCAGGGCUGGAAGCAAAAAACUCUCCAAGGUUGAGACCCUCAGGAUGGCUGUUGAGUACAUCAGGAGCUUGCAGCGCUUGCUGGAUGACCAUGAUGGCUCUGACAUGGGAAGCGCUCUUUCUGGCUCCAGCUCGCCCAGCCCCUCCUCUACCUGCGGCUCCAGGGUCGAACUUCACCAGGACAUUCAGGAUCUCCAUCAUCAGCAUCUCAGGCAGAAUCCCAGUCCUUCGAACUUCAUGCUGCCUUGCUCUGAAGCAUCCAGCUCGCCUACACCCAGCUUUGUUUCCGAAACUUCUUCUUCGGGAAGUCAAGGAUACAGUGCCACUUUUACUACUCUCUAUGCGCCGAAUACUGAUGGGUACAAUAUUAAUUAUGAGCCCAUGAGUCCGGACGAUGAGGAAUUGCUGGAUGUCAUCACCAAGUGGCAGGAAAAUCAACAGUGA